UGCCUUUUAUCUGUAAUUCAUUGUGUUUAGGUGUUUAUUUCAUUUAUGUGCGAGACAUUUUGCUGUUAAUUAAAAUAAAACUCAAUACGGAAUCGAAAGUACCUUAAACCACAAAAACAAAAAUAAAGUUUAAUUAGAGCAACAACAUGACAUCCAGAUUGGAUUUCGAUACAAAACUAGUUGAUUUGGUACGAGCAAAUCCAUUGCUUUAUGAAAAGGAAGUACGUAGUUCGCCAUACAAUCUCAUGAAAAAGAAAGCAGAACUUUGGCGAAGUAUUGCCUCAUCUUUAGGUGUUGAAAGUAAGCCAAAGUACUGCGUGAUUCGAUGGAAAAAUCUUCGAGACAAAUUUCGCCGCGAAUUGCAGAGGUUACAGGAGAUGGACCGCAAAGCAGGCGGCGUGAAGACCCCCAAAGGAUCUACAUGGCAUUUGUUAAACAAAAUGAGUUUCCUUGAAAGCCAUAUACGCCUACACUGUUCACACAGUACGAAAUGUCCCGCUAACAAUAUACGAUCCAGCUGGAUUGAAAUGGAUGCAGAGCAGCUUAUUGAACAAGUAACAAACGAAGAUGAUCCUUUACAAGAAGCUAUGGAUGAGCAAACCGUCACUUUUGAUACAAAAAAGUCGGAUAAUGUGGUGAAUUCGCCUCCAGUCACGUCUUUUAUGAAACGCAUCGAGAGCUUACUUGAAGGUAUGGAUGUUGUUAAUCGAACUAAGGCUGAAAAACGCAUUGUAGCGUAUCUUUGUAAAUGCCAACUCAAAUCGCUGGAGAAUGAGAGCAUUGACGACGUAGUAAUAUAAAGAAGAUUACAUUUCAAACAUUUUCCACUUUUACUCCUAUCUCGGUUUUAUACAUACAUCCAAUAUAAAUUAAUUAUAAAGUACGUUUAAGAACUAGUCAAAACUUAAGGAAAAUAAAAUAAAUCAUAAAUUAGCUUUAUGAUUUGAUAGAAGUAAGGUGUAAAAAGUUAAUUUUAUUUGAGCACAAGCAAUAAACCAAACAAUAAAACUGAUUAAAGGUGGUUUUUCCCUAAAUGGUUUUUUGCUGGUAUUGCUACAGUCAGUUUCUAGGCAUUUGCAAUGAUAGUUUCAAAAACAAUCAGAUAUGACAUCUUCCAAGUACAUAAUGCGCCCUACUAUUAGUGUGUCCUUCCUUUUCUGGAUGUAUCCUUAAAAACCGAUAUCGAUUUCUUCAGAUAUGAUUCACACUUGAACUCGUUGCUUCCGCCCUUCAAUUGUAACCGCCGUCUGUGCUGGAGCGGGAAAAUGAUUUGCAAGUUGAAACAUACAUACGCACAUAUAUUCCACCCCACAUUUGCUUGACUUCAAUGCAUAAUAGAUAAUAUUCUAAAGAAGUCAAACUGCAAAGAAAGUGGGAGGUUUGGAAUGGAAUGAAAAUUACAGUUAAUUAGGCUUGCGCGCAAAUUUGUUUAAACACUUGUAUACUAAUUUUAUAUGUAGAAGUAUGCAUUUGUAUGUAUAUAUAUAUAUGAUUGUUUAUUUCUCCAAUCAGCAUUGUUGUUACUUUACAGAUGGAGUAGUACUAAUGUGGCAGUCGGUAGUAUUGAUUGAUUUGCUUCUCAAAAAAUCAAUAUAUGAAAAAUUUCAAAGUACUCGCACAUUAUUGCUUAUAGCUAAGCCAUUUAAGAAUGUUACAAACCGUGCUAGUUUGAAUUUCUCAUUAUUUUACUUUUAUUUCAAGUUUCCACAAAGGCGCCAGGUUUCAACACUUCUCUCCAUUAAAUUUGUUUACUCGCAUAAAUACUCAAAAAACAAAUCGCGAUUAAACUUAUUAUUGAACUGUCUACUCUAUUAUCACUGAGGGGACACUAACUUUUUUGCCAUUUCAAAAUAAAU